GACACAGGGGGAGGAGGCACCACUAUACUGACUCUCUCCCUCUCUCCCUCUCUCCCCCCCGUAGCUGGGAGUGUGUGAGUGUGAGGCAUGGCGGCGGAGGUGGUGCUUGGGCCUAGCGGUUCUGCAGGAGGGCGUAAUGUGUCUGUUAGGCCUAAGGAUAAGCUACAUGGAUCUCCUUCUACAGGCAGUGACGAGGGACAGGAAACAGGCUUCGCUGAUGACUUUGACCCAUUCCACGAUGAUCCUGAUGAACCUGACGAGGUGGACAGCUCUCUCUCGGCGCCCCCUGAGGAGAGCUGGUACCACGGGCGGCUGGACAGAGCGCAGAGUGAGGAACGGCUGCGUCAGUUUGGGAAGCUCGGCAGUUACUUGGUGAGGGAGAGUGACAGACGGCCUGGUUCCUACGUGCUCUCCUACCUCGGCCGCUCUGUGUCACAUUUCAAAAUAACAGCAGUGUGUGGCGACUUCUACAUAGGCGGACGUCAGUUUAAUGCGCUGAGUGACCUGGUGGGGUAUUACACUGGGGUGUCCGACCUGCUCAAGAGGGAGAGGCUGGUGCACCCCGUCCCCCCUCCGGAGCCUGUCAAUGACCUCCGCAAAGUGGUCGCCAUCUUGCCAUACACUAAAAUGGCUGACACGGAUGAGCUAUCGUUCCAGAAGGGUGACAUUUUCUUCGUGCACAAUGAGCUGAGUGACGGGUGGCUGUGGGUGACGGCACAUCGCACGGGGGAGCAGGGCACAAUAUUCUCCGACCUUGUAGAGACUUUGGAUGAUGAUAUAGAUCCCAAUAUUGUGUUCUCCUGGUUCCAUCCGGAUAUCACCAAGAACGACGCCAUUGAUUUGUUGAUUAAAGCGGGACAAGGCAGCUUCCUGGUGAGACCUAGUGACAACUCUCCUGGUGACUACACGCUGUUCUUCCUCACCAAUAACAUCAUCCAACGCUUCAGGAUUGAGAAGAGAGGCGUCAAGUACCUGAUGGGCGGCCGAACCUUCUCCUGUCUGGACGCUGUCAUCAACCGCUACAAGACAGAGCAGAUCCUGGAGGGACAUACACUGGGGAGUCCUGUGUGUAAGGUGGUGUCCGGGGAAAGACUUGGUCUACCCAUAGUUCCAGUGAAGGAGGUGGAGCAGCCGGAGAAGAUUUACGCUACAUUGAACGAAAUUAGGGAAAAAUUGGGUGUUACAAAAUUCAAAGGUAUACAGAAGCAGGGUUGGCUGUACAAGAAGAGCAAAAAGAACAAGAAAUGGAAGUGUCUAUAUUUUGUCCUCACCGAUAUUCUCUACUACUAUGACAACCCCAAGAGAACCAAACCACGCGGCCUCAUUGACCUAAACUGCUCAUAUCUCUACCAAGUUCACGACAGCUUCUUUGAGCGGCCAAACUGCUUUCAACUGGUGAGAGAGCUGCCCUGCCUCUCCACCGUCACCUACCUUUGCUCCGAGUCACAGGAGCUGACCAAUGACUGGAUGGCUGUGCUGCGACCCCUGUGUGUGCCGCAGACUGCAGGACAACCCAAGCUGCAGACACUCAAGUUUAUGAAAAGCCUGCAUCUCACCAUUAUGCAGGCAACCAGGCUACCCUCCAAGAUUGUACCCAGCCCUUACUGCCUUGUCUCUCUCAAUCAGGUCAAAGUGUGCCGGACCCGCCCCAAACCUGGCCCAGAUCCUGUUUGGGACGAAGAAUUUAUGCUUGACGACAUUCCCUCCGACGUCGUUAUGUUCACUAUCACCGUUUACAAUCACGGCAAACGCAGCAAGGAUUCGGAGGUGGCGGAGGUGCGGCUGGAGCUGAACACACUGCAGAACGGGGAGGAGGUGGAGGAGUGGUACCCCCUCACUGGCAUCACUCCGGUGGGGGACUGGGGGGCCAUCCGACUCAGAUACCGGUACUUCCACGACCUGAUCAUGCCCUGUGAGGAAUACAAUAGCCUGAAGGAACUCCUGCUGGACCCGAGCCUUGAGGCGGUCCAGGCACUAGCGGACGUCUCACACCGGGACCGCAACCCUCUCGCCACCUCCCUCCUCAGGAUCUUCAGAAAUGAGUGCCGGGAACACGACCUGCUGCAGCGACUCACAGAGCACGAGAUAGAGAGAGAACACGAGACAAGUACCCUUUUCCGAGCAGCCUCCCUCACCACCACACUGCUGGACCUCUAUAUGAAGGCCACCUGUACUGCCUUCCUAACUGAGGCCAUUAGCGACACCAUUCACCGCAUCCUGGACACCAAGCAGUCCUGUGAGCUGAACCCCAACAAGAUGGACAACCCCUUAGACGCCUGUGCCAAUGCUGAGUUCCUGCUGAGGGUGCUGGACGACAUCACACAGAGCAUCUUCAUCUCUGCCUCAGCCUGCCCCAUGCCCCUGCGGUACAUCUGUGGGUGUCUGCAGCGGAAGGUGGCGGAGAAGUGGCCCCAGGAUAGGCUGGUGAAGACUCGAGUGGUCAGCGGAUUCAUAUUUCUGCGGCUAAUCUGCCCCAUUCUGAACCCUCGACAGUUCAAUCUUCUCCAAGGACCCAACCUGACCCAACAGAACGUGGGGGAGAGGCCGGACAUUGAGGAGGCACCAGUGAAGUGUGAGCCAUCGAGGGACCUGGCCCAGCUGCACCACAUCUGUGUCACCCACCUGGCCGUGCUCACUACUAAGGCCAAGACACAGGUGACUCUGAAGAAGCUGGUGACAGUGACGGACAUGUUAAGAAAACAUAAAGAAAAAUACCAAGAAAUGCUGAGGUGAUGUUUGGCUGGGUCCUUUGUGCUCCCCUACCCCCCUCCCUGCUACCCUGCCACCCACCCCUACCACUCUACCCACUCCCCUGUCACCCUACCCUCUACUAACAGCCUUUCAUCCAUUACACUACCCUGUCUAACCCUGUCUAACCUAAUCGCUGUGUAGCUUUUCCGAACCCCUGCCUACUGUCCCUGCCAAGUCCCUGUACCUCCCCCUAUCCUCUCUCCCCCCCCCUGCCAGCCCUUCCAUCAAGCCCCCUCCCUGCCACUGGGAUUAUAUUGACAGUGCCAGUUUGUGUGUCUGUGUGCGUUUGUGUGUGUUUGUGAGUGCGUGUGUGUGUUUGUGUGUGCGUUUUUGAUCUGUGCCAAGGCUAUGGGUUCUGGUGCUAUGUGUGUGUGUGUGUGUGUGUGUGUGUGUGUGUGUGUGUGUGUGUGUGUGUGUGUGUGUGUGUGUAAGCUAACCUAAUCUGACUUCAAACCCUCAAAUGCUACCAAAAACACACCAAAACACAUUUAAACACUAAAAAAAACACUCUUUAACACUUCAAAUACACCCACAAACUCACUCA